GAUGAGAUAAAAAUCAAAAGUAUAAAUCGAGUUUUUAAAUCGAGGCAAGACGAAUUGUCGAUUAAUAACCCAGACGAAUAUUUUCAACCACUGUACAACAAAUGGGAUAUGUCAAGGCCAAUUAGUUACGAAUUCGAUGAAUCGAUUCCGCUCGCUACACGCCAAAAAAUUCGCACUGCUAUUGCGAUGUGGGAAAACAAAACAUGCAUACGUUUUAGUGAAAAUGGUUAUAAUAUUGACCGAAUUGAAUUUUUUGACGGAGGCGGUUGCUCGAGCUUCGUUGGUAAAACAGGUGGAACGCAGGGUAUAUCAAUUUCACGAGGAUGCGAUAAUAUUGGUAUUAUAUCACACGAAAUUGGCCACGCAUUAGGAAUUUUCCAUGAACAAGCUCGACCAGAUCAAAGCGACCAUAUUUUUAUUAAUUAUCGUAAUAUUCCUCUGAGUAGAUGGAAUAAUUUUCAGCCAAUGCGGAAACACCAAAUAGACACACAUAACCUGCCAUAUGAUACAGGCUCGGUUAUGCAUUAUGGUCCAUAUGGUUUUGCAAGUGAUCCAUACAUUCCAACGAUUACUACUAAGAAUAGAUUUCAACAAAAUACUAUUGGUCAGCGUGAAGGACCAUCGUUCUUGGACUUCGAAGCAAUCAAUAUAGCAUAUGGCUGCAACAAUCAUUGCCCAAGAACUUUUUGUGAGCACGGUGGCUAUACAAAUCCCAAUGACUGCAACAGCUGCUUAUGUCCAAAUGGAUUCGGUGGUCAAAGAUGUGAAACAAUUCAGCAUUUAAAUUGCGGAUCACUUAUAAAGAUAAUUAUAAUUAUUUGUCGACCUAUACGAAUAAUUCUCAGCCCAGUUUGGAAUGAAGUAAAAUACAUCACAAGUCCUUUUUAUCCCGAAUUCUCGAUUCAAGGACAAGAGUGCGCAUGGCUUAUAGAAUCACCAUUUGGAACGAAUGUAUUUUUCGAAUUCAUUGAUAAUUUUCAUAUUGAAUGUCAUACUACUUGUGAUGCUGCCUACGUCGAGAUCAAAAAUAGAGCUGACUUUCGAACAACUGGAUAUCGAUUCUGCUGUUCCAAAAAACCGUCUGAAAUUUUUAAAUCCGAAGCAAAUAAAAUGGUUUUGAUAUAUCGAAGUGGUAGAGGCAACAAAGGUUUCAAAGCAAGAAUAUGGUCAAAUGCACCUCCAAAAACAUCCAAGUUUGCAGUUGAUUCUUGUAACUGUGGUGAAUGGUCAGAAUGGACAACAUUGUGUAGCCAACAAUGCGGAGGCUGCGGUAAAAGGUCCCGAAUAAGGUAUUGUUCAAGGCAAGAUUGUCGAACGGAAGAUAAGCGGACUUGUAACUAUGACGCUUGCCCUCCAGGAACGAAUUUUCUUAUCAAUAAUGGCGAAUUUCAUAUUCUUUGGAAAGGUUGUUGUAUUGGUUUAUUUCGAUUUAAUACAGAAUGCUCUGCAUUGGCCGAUGGUGAAAAUCCUUUCCUUGCUUUUCUAAAAUCGUUCUUGACUUCACAGAAUCCGAAAGAUAAGGAGAUAACUGAUAAUUAA